CAUUUGUUUUUUAAUAAGGGAGGAAAUUGGGUAUAAAUAUAGAAGGCGGGCAAAACAGGGGAGGGAAUCGAGGAUGGAGCAAUAGAGAGAAAAAGACUGACCCGUAGGAGCUUCCAAUCCACUUCCAACCAGCGAAAAUGCCGCUUUAACUCUCUCUCCCCCCUCUCUCUUUGUCUCUCUUUUAACUUUGUACAUACAAACUCAAAAAUUGAAUUUAUAUUCUUCUUUUUUUACUGAUUCCAUAUUUUAAUUAAUAUUAAAAUAAUCUGUACAUAACGAUCUUCUAUACCUCCAUCUUCCUGUCUUUUAUGCUAUAUGCAUUAUUAUAUAUAUUUAUCAUAUAUAUAGGUAUAUAUAUAGUAUCACCCCUGUUCGUUCAAUCGGAUUACAGUAUCUCUGCAGCAUAAAGAUUUGGUGGUUUCUGAAUUUGGGGGGAAUGAAUAGUGUCAGUUUACGACGAGUAUAUAGUUCCAGAGCUCCUAAUGUAUAACUUCUCAAGUUGAGCAAUAGUAGAUGGAUUCAGCUAGGAGUUGGUUCCAGAAGUUUCAACCACGAGAUCGUUUAAGGUCAUCGACCAAGAAGAAAGAUUCAACAAUGGGUAGUGGAAGAGAAGAUCCUCAGCCUAUGUCAGCUGAAGAGGCCUCCAAUGUUACGAAGCAGAGGGUCGCUGCAGCAAAGCAAUACAUUGAGAAUCAUUACAAGGAGCAAAUGAGAAAUUUGCAGGAGAGAAAGGAGCGUCGAAUGGUACUGGAAAAGAAGCUUGCGGAUGGUGAUGUCUCAGAGGAAGAUCAAAAUAAUCUACUGAAAUUUCAUGAAAAGAAGGAAACUGAAUACAUGCGUCUGCAAAGGCACAAAAUGGGUGCUGAUGAUUUUGAGUUAUUAACAAUGAUUGGGAAAGGUGCAUUCGGGGAGGUUAGAGUUUGUAGAGAAAAAACAACGGGUCAUGUAUAUGCGAUGAAAAAGCUUAAGAAAUCAGAAAUGCUUCGUAGAGGACAGGUUGAGCAUGUAAAAGCAGAAAGGAAUCUGCUCGCAGAGGUGGAUAGUAAUUGCAUUGUCAAACUGUAUUGUUCUUUCCAAGAUGAUGAGUUUCUAUAUCUCAUCAUGGAAUAUCUACCUGGUGGUGAUAUGAUGACUCUACUCAUGAGGAAGGAUACACUAACGGAAGAUGAAGCCAGAUUUUAUGUUGCUGAGACUGUUUUGGCUAUAGAAUCUAUCCAUGUACAUAACUAUAUACACAGAGACAUUAAGCCUGAUAACUUGCUGCUGGAUAAGUUUGGUCAUUUGAGACUAUCGGAUUUUGGACUUUGUAAGCCUUUAGACUGCAGCACCCUGGAAGAGAAGGAUUUCACGGUGGGUGAUAGUGUCCAUGGAGCUUCCCGGAAUGGGUCUUCAGCUCCCAAACGCACUCAGCAAGAACAGUUACAACACUGGCAGAAAAAUAGGCGGACGCUUGCAUAUUCUACAGUGGGAACACCAGACUAUAUAGCUCCUGAAGUCCUGCUGAAGAAAGGUUAUGGAAUGGAGUGUGACUGGUGGUCACUUGGUGCUAUUAUGUAUGAAAUGCUAGUGGGUUAUCCACCUUUCUAUUCUGAUGAUCCCAUGUCAACGUGUCGCAAGAUAGUAAACUGGAAAUCGCAUUUAAAGUUCCCAGAGGAAGCAAAGCUAUCUCCAGAAGCGAAGGAUCUCAUAAGCAAACUUCUUUGCAAUGUUACUCAGAGACUAGGUUCAAAUGGUGCUGAUGAAAUAAAGGUCCACCCGUGGUUUAAGGGAAUAGACUGGGACAGAAUCUAUCAUACGGAUGCUGCCUUCAUUCCUGAAGUUAAUGAUGAGUUGGACACCCAAAACUUUGAAAAGUUCGAAGAGUCCGAAUCUCAUUCUCAGAGUGCAUCAAGAUCUGGUCCUUGGAGGAAGAUGCUCUCAUCCAAGGACAUCAACUUUGUCGGUUACACAUACAAAAACUUUGAAAUCGUGAAUGAUUACCAAGUGCCUGGGAUGGCUGAACUGAAGAAGAAGAAUACCAAGCCAAAGAGACCAACAAUCAAAGCACUAUUCGAGGACGAGUCAGAAGGAUCAGAUACAACUAGUUCUCAGCAAUCCCAAGGAAGCUUUGUGAAUCUCUUGCCUCCAUGAUUUGAAGUUUGUGAGAAGCAGGACAAACUGAGGAUAAUUGCUGCUUUUCCACCCUGAGGUUUACUUUCAGUUAAUUUUUGAGAGCUCCUUGAAUCCGCUUGUAGCACCGAGUGAGUAUAGAGUUUUGGCAGUUGGUUAGUGGCUAUUUGAUCAGGGAUGUAAGUAUUUAGCCUGAUAUCAAGAACUAUGUUGGAUAUGAAACUACUGAUGAUAUUGUUAGAGUUUGCUUGUAACAGUCGUCUUUUGAUUAUUUACUCAUCUGAGAGAAAGACUUAGAGGUAAUAACUGACAUCUUUGAUUUGUAGCACUAUUAUUUCUUCACUUGUUUUAAAACAAGAGUGUAACAUAGAGCAAUGGCAUAUUCAAAUUUACUGUGUUCAGUUUGGGUGGUUAA